UUCCAAAGGAAAGCUCGAUUCUUCCUAAAAAUAGCUCGACCACUCGGGGAAAACAUCUCGCCAAAGCCGUGCUUCUGAAUUUGGUCGGAAAGACUAACAAGCAUGGUGAAGACAUAAUCAAGAAAUCAAUUUCUGCAGCCUUUGUGCCUAUUUUUCUGUGAACCCAGGAUACAUUUACCUGCGAGCGGCUUUCCUUCGACCAGGAGGUUCCAGCUAAUACAGUCUUUAAUGAUUACACCAGUGUUGAGGAAUUUACGAGGUAAAGAAAACUCACGCCCUGCCAGUUGCAGCAGACUGGAAUAAAGGAUUUAGCCAAGCCAGAACUCGACGGACCGACCCCCGGCUACCACCACUAGCGCUGGCUGGACUUCUGCAAGAAACCAGCAUGGGUCGCAAGAAGAUUCAGAUUUCAAGAAUCAACGAUGAGAGGAAUAGACAGGUAACAUUCACGAAACGCAAAUUUGGUCUGAUGAAGAAGGCCUAUGAACUGAGCGUCCUGUGCGAUUGUGAAAUAGCCCUGAUUAUAUUUAACAGUGGGAACAAGCUCUUCCAGUAUGCCAGUACAGACAUGGAUAAGGUGCUACUCAAAUACACAGAGUACAGUGAGCCUCAUGAAAGCAGGACCAACUCAGAUAUCAUUGAGAUUCUGAACAAGAAGGAGAACAAGGGGUGCGAGAGUCCAGACCCCGACUCGGAGUCCUACAUCUUAACACCACGCACUGAAGCCAAAUACCAGAAGAUCAAUGAGGAAUUUGACAGGAUGAUGAAUGGUGGAAGUGGAGCACCCAUGAACAGGGUACAGAUCCCUCCAGACUACCCGGCCUCCAUGCCAGUGUCCGUCCCACAAACCUCCACCAGCUUGGGGGCAUACAACGGAGGCGGCCACCACCACCAUCACCAUCAUCCCCACGGCCAGCCAAGUCCUAACAGCAACCACAGCCAGCAGCAACCGCAACAGCAACCGCCACAGCAACAACAACAGACACACGUAACCAGCUCCAGCCUAAUGCAGCCACCAGUCGCCCGGAACAGUCUCAGCCCGCAGCCUCACAUGCUGAGUAGGACGAGCCUGAGUCCAGGUCCCGGUCCUAUGAGGAACAGUCUUAGUCCCCAGCCACAGCUCUCGCGAAGUACACUCAGUCCACAACCGCCCAGACCAGCCAGUACAGAGCCUCAUGUGACACCCGUGACUGUUCCCAGAGACAAGGGCAAAUCCCCUGGAAGUUCGGGGCAUGAAAAAGAUGCAGGAAAUACUACUUACUUUCAUGUGCCCACUUCGAACAUGAACCCGGUGUCGCCCAGCGGGGCCGGCGGCGGUGGUGGUGGAGGAGGAGGGGGCAACAACAACCAUCUCCCUCUGAAGCCGAUGGGCAAGCCGCCCAGUAGACCGAACCUCAAAGUGGUCAUACCGAGCUCGAGAGGAAACAUACCGAACCAUGCUGCAGCAGCUCAGUUAGCAAAUCAACCGUUAGCGACGCCAGCGGUGUCCUUGGCCACGCCUAGCAACCCACAGGGUCUUACCAACUAUCCGUCAGCGUUACCUACGGCGUAUCAAGCAGGUGGGGAAUUUCCCUUAUCCAGUGCAGACCUAAGCCAGCUGACCAACUACAACUCCCCGCUGGUGUCGGGCUGGAGUAAUAUUCAGCAAGGCCCUCUAACGGCUGCUAUACAAGCUGCUGGUAUAGGCAGUCAUAAUCUGACGCCCUCCACGUCGAUGACGCAACACCAACACGAGAGUGGAAUGGACAUGGACCAGUCUAUUAACCCCAACAUCAAGUGUGAGCCGGUCUCACCGCCCAAAGAGAGAAAGCUGAUGCAUCCACAGGGUCACCAACAGCAGCCUCCGCAGCAGCAUCCGGGUAGCUCCCCUUCACACUAUCCAAACCCUGAGGACAUCCGCAAAGACCUUCCGCCCAGCAAAAGACCUCGCAUCGGUGAAGCCUGGGUUUCGUAAGGCCGGCCUACCCAGGUUUUCAGCACCAUCUCAUCGGAAGUCGGGGGACAAACACGCAACGAGAGAGAGAGAGGUGGAGGGGACGACCCCGCUUCCGAGCUGAGCCGCUGAAACUCGCUGAAAUAACAGAAAAAGGGACUUGUCCAUCAGAUUUUAUUAGCCUAGUUUGGGGAGAGAUGAAUGAGGAUUUUUGCGAAAGAAGACUUCUCUGCACUAUUUUCCACCGCACCAUGUAUUCCAGCUGGGUAUUUUCUUCACAGCACGCAUGCAUGAUUGCCCAUUGUCUUGUUUAUUUUAUAUUUGUGUGAAACCUUACAGAUGUUGGAUGUGCCAGCCAGAAAAAAAACCCAUCCGUGGCUUCACUUUGCAGCUGCUACAUCAAAGUCCGUAGCAGUUCUAGAGGGAAAAGAUUGUCUUUCCUUGAGAGUAUUGUAAGGAUGUAGAUGAAGUUUUAAUUUGCAGUCAUUUUCAUGAAAUUCCACUUAUAUGAAAAUCCCAUUUUAUCAAUACAAAAUUUUUAAUAUAUUUUACAUCAGAUGCAAAGAAGAAAUUAAAUCUUUAAAUCAUUAUCUUGUGUUUGUGAGCAUAUGAUACAUUGGGGUUGUUACAUCAUACCCCAUGUAUCUUACACCUAAUGUUUAUAGAUUUUCAGUACUUGAUGGAGUAAUCCCUUUGGCAGCUCAUACAGAAAGCUAUACUGGGAUGAUCUUACAUCAAUUACUCUCGGGUAAACUUAAUAAAAAAAAACAACAAGUCUUGAUUGGGACGUAUUGUUUAACAGCUCACUUUAACGAGGCGAAUGACCAUGACAUACAUCAGAAUACCAAUGGAUAAAUCUUUUCGAGAGAUAAUGAUCCUUACAUCAUUAAGUAGGCCUCCAUUAUUAAGGGUGGUAACACUGAUUUACUCCCACACUUUAAUUUUGAAGCAAGUUUUCUUGUUUCCCACUGGAGAGUGUGACGGGUUUCUAGACUAGAAAUCAAAAGAUUAAGAGGGAUGAAAAGUCUUGCCUGCAGUAGAAGCAGGCGAUAAAAAAUAUCCAACUCAGAAAGCAAGAUGGCCGCCCCAUGUGGCCGAGAGAAAGAAUUCAUCGACAGCUAAGAAGUGAAAGGUGAUUGGGUACCAGCAAGAAGUAAUUGCUUGAAAAGCUGAAAUUGGUUACCCAGCUUAGCCGGGGUGAUAGUAAGGUGGAUAUGCUCACUAUACAAGUACCCUAUUACUAAUAUUGUCAUUUGCAUCAUACCAUGCUGCAACCAACUUCCCUCUCCCCCCCCCCUUACUUACUCCACCCAGCACACUUUGAUUUGUAUGGAAAGAAGACGAGACUUCUAUUCUUUAGUAUUUUCUUUUUAUAUUUCAUUAUAUUUCAGAGUACUGUUUGGUGUACAUAAGCAGCACAGUUUUUGAAUGCCCACUCACUGCUCAGUGCUUGUGAUCAAUGUAUUUUGUUUUUUCUAUACUAUAAAUGAUUUGGCGGUGGAAAAUGGAGUGGGACUUAGUCAGAGAAGGAAGUUGUGGGAUAAAUGCUUUAUAUUAUAUAUUUUGAUAUUGAAGAUAUAUAUUGUAUCUUGUGAUGUGCUCGUCCUCAUGUAGAAAAAACUGCACUUUGUAUGUCAUUGGAGGUAUUUGCGUCAACAAUUUGAUAUCGUGUAUUAGAAUCAUGAAUGUUAAAAUUUCACAAUGAAUAUCAAUGCAAGACUGUACAUUUGCCAUAUGAGUAAGAAAGAGAUAGAGUCAUUCCUUGGAAGAAAAGAUAUUCAUGAAAGCCGCAUUUCUUGAGAAUUACGGGAACAGAUUAUGAAAAUAUGUAGUGCAGUUUUAUCUACACUUUAUUGAGUGUGUGCGUGUGUGUUUUGUGUAAUCUCAGUGAUUUGAUCUAUUGUAGAAUAGCUGGAAAUUGUGAAAAUAAAAAUAAAUGGCAUCUGCACGAACAAGUCUACUGUUGAGCAGUGUGUAAGUGUUCGUCUUGUACAAAGCAACCAAAAAAAAGAGAAAAAUGAUAAGUUACUAUCUAUAAGUAAUGCAAGGACUACAUUGAUUACAUUCAUAUGUCGAGCUUCUUGUACUGCAAGAUUUUUUAUGAAAAUCAUUCUUUUUCAAAUGUCUGCUCCCUCAGUUCUGUUGUAUUAUUGAUUUUGUUACAUUGAUAGAAAAUGUACAUAAAUCACCAUUUUUGUUGACUUACUGUCUUCACUUUAAAUUGAUUGCAAAUUUUGCAAGUUUUUCAUGAUUGAUUUGUAUUGGGUUUUUCACCGCUCAAAUGGUAUGAAUUUUUGUAGAAGCAGCUGGAUGAUUAUAGUAUUAUUCACUGAUCAAUCACUCAAACUAUUAAUAUGCACUGGCAAGUUAUGCUGGCAUUUAGGCUGGCUUCUAAAUAAAAAAAAAAUAGGAUGGAUUUUGCUUAUUUUGAUUUGCAAAAGAGGACUGAAAUAUGCCGCUGUGUAUACAUUAAUUAUCUUGUUUUACGUACAAUAUUCAUAGAGUGAAUUGAUGGAAUUUGUUGUAAAAAUAUGUUUUGAAACCAAGUGGUAUCAGAUUAACUACCUUUUUUUGUAGAGUAAUGAAAUUACCAAAGUGGAUAUUAUGUAAAGAAUAAAGAACGAGUGUGAUGAAAUACAUUGGCACAGCUUUGUUAAUAGCAGAUCAUAACUAUAUUUAGUAAAAAAAGUAAUAGGGGUUUUAUCGCUUGUAUCAUAUCUUUUCAAAGAAUCAAUUCUAGACUUCUAUAUUUUCCACAUUUUUUUUGUGUGAAUCUGUCUCUAAAACGCCAGAGAUCUAUUUAUGUACAUAUAUAUUGUGUCAAAUGAAGAAAUGAAUUUUUUAAAAGAGAAAGAGAGAAUAUCGUUUUUGAAAGAUUUUAUAAGAUUGAAAGUCUUAUGUACAGUAUGUACAGAAAUCUCUUUACAACUGUGUUUAGGAAAAAAAAAUAGAAUGCUUAUCAAUAUCUAUUGUGUACAUGUGAGAUAUGAGUUGAAUACAUUGUAACUCUGACACUGUCUGCUUUUUGGUUGAUUGGUUUCUAUUAUCUUGUAGAUAACUUGUUUCAUUUAAAUGCUUUUGCAUUCUCUAUCAUGACUUUGUGAGUGUGACUUAUCCUUUUUGUUGUAUUCCAAUCCCCCUUUUUUUUUACCGUUUGGUUUUUACCCCAUUGUAGAGCUUUUUUUGUAAUCUUAUUCAGGUGCAACUGCAAGCUACGUCUGUCUGAUACUUUUCUUAAAUUGUCUGUUUAUUGUUCACUUUCUAAAUCGCGGCCUGGUUAUUGAAUCACCCCUUUUAAUUUCUUCCUAUUUCUUUUUUUUUUUUACUAUUUAACUUCUUUAAUGUUAUCAUGUUGCUACCUCAAUUGUUGAAACUAACAGAUUUUCAUUCUCUUAUAGAUAAGUGAAAAAAUCUUCAAACUUCACGUUGUGUCUGUUCAUUUCUGAAAUUCAAUCAAUGAAAUCAAAUAUUUAUGAAAGAUUAAUCAUAUCUUCAAUUUUUUAAAUCUUUAUAUUGUAUCGGAGGAUAAAGAUUGUGCUCUAAACGGUGUUCUGUAAAAUACACAUCACUUGUUCCUGUGAAAAGAAUUUGUUAGGGAACUGGUUAAAUAGUAAAAACUAAAAACUCGCUAUUUCACGAGUUGGCCAAAGAUUAUUUACCACUGCACUGGAUGUACAAUAAUAGACUAUCAUGAGGUUGCAUUAAAAUUGAAAAAUGGCAUUUUGUAUCUGCACAUUCAAUAAACAGGUAGUUUAGUAUAAAAAAAUAAAGAAAUACAAAGCAGAUUAUAUAACUGUCCUGUUUAUUUUCCUUCUUGUUCCCUAAAAACCAAGCCUCUUUUCCUGCCUCUUAACACCUUUUCGCUU